AUGGCUAUGGUGAAGAGUGGCUGGCUUCACAGGCAAAGUACCAUACUGCGACGCUGGAAGCGGAACUGGUUCGACCUGUGGUCUGAUGGACGCCUGAUCUUCUACAACGACCAGCAGCGGAGGGACAUGGAGGACGACAUCCACAUGAGGGUGGAUUGUAUCAACAUCCGGAGUUCCUCAGCGUGUCAAGAGUUAAACCCUCCGGAUGGGAAGACACGUGAUGCUUUGCUGCAGAUUGUGUGCAGGGACGGAAGAGUUAUAAGCCUUUGUGCGGACAGUGCGGAUGAUGCCAUGGCAUGGACCAUGGCACUACAGGAUGCCCGGAUUAAUGCGAUGGUUGCUACUCCUCAGGUGGGCUUCACGCCAGAAGUAAUGAGUUCCGCUCCACCACCGUACUCAGAAUACGCCCCACCACCCCAGUACUACACUCAGGGUCCAUACGGAGAUUAUGUCGCAGCUUCUCCACAAGCCACACAGAUUGUUUAUGCUGCCGACGGAAAACCCUACGCUGUCGCCUAUCCUUAUCAGAAUCAGGGUGGCUACGUCACACCUGGCGUCAACCACGUGGUGAUCCAGGAGCAUCAGCGCGACAACGGCGGCGACAUAGCUAUGGGCAUGCUGGCGGGAGCGGCGACGGGUCUGGCGCUGGGCUCACUCUUCUCAGUCUUCUAA